GCCACACUUUCAUUCAUUCGGCGGCAGUUGCGCUCACUACAACCGGUAUUCUUCUGUCUUUCUACCGGGUCAGUUCAUGGUUAGCUUCGAGGUCUUCGUGUUCUGCUCCACUUUUACACUCUGGACGGUCUUUGUUCCUUUUAGCACGGCACUACAGAUGGACCUUAAAGUUCAGGUGAUUGGGUCCCUUCGGCCAAUCAUCGCGGCCCCGGGCGAUGAUGUCAUCCUGCCGUGCCAGCUAGAGCCCAGCGAGGACGUGCGGGACAAGACGGUGGAGUGGUCCAAGCCCGACCUGAAGCCGGACCCGUCGGACCGGCUGAGCCGCGUCGGCUACGUGCACCUCUACCGGGACAAACGGGAAGUCCCGGACAUGAAGAUCCCGUCGUACGCCCGGAGGACGGCGCUGUUCACCGACUCCCUGAAGGAGGGAAACAUCUCGCUCCGGAUCGCCAACGUCACGCUCGCCGACACGGGCCGAUACCGAUGCUACGUGCCCAAGCUAGGCUGCCACUCCAUCGUCAAACUCGUCGUCGAGCCACGCUCUGUUGAAGCCUGGACGACGGAGACGCCGCUGCAUCCCAAAAUCCUCCAGACUCCAGGUCCAAACGAUGACACGGGUGUUGAAGGUGGGCGUCUGUACCUGAGCGUACCGAUCCUCGGUGUGUUUGGCUGCAUCGUCCUGAUCCUGAGUGUUGGACUCCGCGCAUAUUUACUCAAACUAAGGCAUCAACCCCAAACUGUAAGUCAGGAUGACUUAUUAAUUUAAGAGACAGCACCAGCACUACCUUCACUACUACGUCUGGGACAACGUUCAGUCAGGAGAUGACAGCCGCGGCAUUUCACCGGACCUUUAACCGACCCAAGGUGGAAGACAACCAGUUCUUCUCUGUAUCAGAUGGUUCUCCUCCACCAGCUGGGGGGGACUGGGAGGGAAAUACACCGUUCACACCCUGGCUUUUUGUGGUUCUGUUGUUGUAACGACGCUGUGUGACCAGAGGCCCCCACUACGGAGCAAGAUUUGGCCUCAACGAGGAUACUUCAGGGUUUGGUGGAUCACGGCGGCAGAUCGCUUGUUGCCGGGUCAACGGUGCCUUCGCAUUGGCACAGUAACCACGGCUGCAAAACGACAAAGAGCCAUUCAUUUCCUACGGAGAUUCGCAGGCCGCGAGCAAACUGGUCCCAACCGAUGCGAACGAAUGCGCUGUGGAAACAAAACUGGGUCUGUUGGUCAUCCGGAGGCGUUUUUUAAAAAAAAAAAAAA